AGAAGCAGAAGAAGAAGAAGAAGAAGAAGAAGAAGAAGAAGUAGAAGUAGAAGUAGGAGGCAGGUACCAAAGAAGAAGAAGGUGGUGGUCUCAACACUUCAGUGGAGCUAUGGCAAAUGACAAGAAUCCUCUGGGCCAGCUGAAGGACCUGGUGGAGCUGAAGGACCAGCUGGAGGACAUUCAGAGACGGGUGGAGGAUGAGAUACAGGCAGGGGUUCCCCCAGGAGGCAGUCUGCUUGGCUCUCCUUUCCUGAAGGGUUUUCUGGCCGGGUACAUUGUUGCUAGGCUACGCUCUUCAGCACUGCUGGGUGUUGCCGUAGGAACGUGUACAGGAAUCUAUGCGGCACAAAAUUAUGCUGUUCCCGACAUUGAAAACACCAUCAAAGACUACAUAAACAACCUGAAAGGAGGACGUAAAUGAGAAGAGAGGAGGAAAAGUAAGAAGACAGCAGAGGGGGGAAGAUGAAAUGUACAAAGUAGAGGUACAUAUGGGAACAGAUAUGUAUUUCAAGAGUUAUUAAUUACAUUUAUCUUCUACAUGGAUGAGUAAAUAGGAAAACUCAAAAAUUGCAAACCAACUUCUAGAGUAAGGUGAAACAGAUUUUUUAAAUAUCUUUUUUAAAUUCAUCUGAUCCCUUGCAACAUGAGUAAGGAGAAUGAGUAACUGAAUUACAUUUUAUAAUAGAUGGAGCAUAUUGACAUGCAUGUGGAAAGGAUUACAAUUUGCUUAAUUUAAACACCCAAGAUCUCCUAUUCUCUCCCCCAUAUGAUUACUUAAAUUUAGACAAACUGUUACUGUUAAUAAAAUUAUAGCUGCUAUAACUGAUUUCUGAUUCCAAACCCGUCCCCCCUACAAUAUUACAAUAUGUGCUUUCUGAAGAUUAUUUUCUACAUAAAGAGACCAACCAGUGUCUACAUAUGUGCAGACCAGCUAUGUUGGCUCUUUCGCCUCCUUACUAAAGGAGUUUCACUUGAGAGAAGCACAACACUUCUCUUUUGCUACUUAAACAUGUAGAGAGUGUUUAGUUUCUUCCAAAGUAACUGCUUUAGAAGUUUUGCAAUUUUUUUUUCGCAUCCAAAGCACAGUAAACAUGGGUUUUAGAAACUUAUUUUGUCAUCUACUGUGGUGUCUUGUUCUGCCUAGUGGUCAGAAAUCAAUGAUAGCAGCCUUAACUAAUUUGCACUUCUAUGCUCAGGGGAUGAUGGAGCAUGUUAAAAGUUAUCUCUGCACAUCACAAGGUGCUCCUCUGUAAAACCUGCCAGAACCAUUCAUGGUUGUUGUUAGUUUUCAAAUUGUUUGCAGGUGUCAGAGCAAAGUCUGUGGUGUCAUGUGUUUUUAGAGAUUCACAAAAACACAUUUAUUCCACCUCACACUGCUUAAAAAAUACACUUCACUCUGCAAAAGCUGGGGAACACAGUUAGUAAGCAGUUGGGUGAAAAUGUACGCCUAAGUGAGAUUUUUGUGCAAAAGUGUAGUUUUUAAUUGCACUUGGUGGUUUUAACAAACAGGGAAGAGUCUGUUAAAGUAUUUUAUAUAAAAUACAUAUUAAGAGUGCCUACUCUGGUCUGAACUUGAUAUUAUCAUCUCAUGCCAUAUGUGCAAUAGCCUUCUCCUGAUGGGAUUUGGCUGCCUAUUUCAUAUGCUGGAAAGUAGUUGAUCUUUUGCACUUCUAUGAACUUUAGGGAUUAAAACUGUUUGUCUUUCAGAAAUCAAAUUUUUUUUUUUUUUUUUUUUUGUCCCAUCAAUAUCAAUGAUGUAGUGGUGUUUUUACUUAUUUAAAAUAUGGAAUCUGUAUCAUGUGAGUAGUAUGUACUGCAAGUUUUUUUUCUUCUUUCUGAGGAAUUGGUAUUUUAACAGUAAGAUUGAUAAAUGUCAAUAUUAUGUUCAUAAACAAUACUGUUGCUGCAGGACACUCCUCUGAAAAGCUAAUGCACAGAAAACCACCUAAAAAAUAACACAUUUAAUAACACAGCAGACAGGCUACAGACUUUAAACUUUUUUCUGAAUGAUCAACAUUACAAUUCAUGGAAAGAUUAAAAAAAACUAAACUGAAAUUUACUAAACAUAUUCCUAAUGCCAACAUAGAACAAUGUGUGAUUAAUGAGAGUAAAAUAUGUAGUUUUGCCAACUUUAUCUUAUCUUAUAGAUCAAGGAUUGGACCCUUGUCCUCUUCUGUGCGAUGAAAUAAUUUUCUCUCUCAGGUCUUUGGACAGUUCUCUACCAUGUGUGUCUACCUUGUUGUCAGCAUCAAGUCUGAGUGAUUCAGUGGGUGAAGUGAUUUUAAUUGUCAACCAGUCACCCUCUUAACUCACACCAGAAAACAUUUUUUACAUUUUACUGUUACUUUCAGGAGGAUGUACUCAUUUGUGCUGUACACAUUAUAAAAAUCUUGUCAACUUAGGAAAGGAAAUGUACUAAGUGUAAUAUAAAGAGAAGUGUACUGCACCACGGUUUUCACACGACAGAAACAUUAGUGUCAACAGAUACUGUAUUGCUGCCAUUGAAAUUGUGUUUAAAAAAGCCGUAAAGGAAAACAUUUAAGUUCAGUUUGCGGUUGUGCUUACUGGAAAGUGUAUUAUAUGUGUUCUGUAUGUUUGGUAACUGGAAACCAGAAAAGACUUGUGCCUAUUGACAACCAUUGUAUUGCUGUCCCUAUAUUGCAUGCUAUUAGUUUUUUUAAUUUCCUGUCUAUUAUGUGUUUGCAUGUUUCUCUUGUUCUUUAAGUAAUACUUUUCUUUAAACUCUUAUAUGCUGUGGAGUAUAGAACAUGACAGGUGAGUUGAUGGUGCUUUAUUUCGCUGGUUAAUCUGUCUCGUCGUCAUGGGUUUUCACUCCUGCACAUCAACGCAGUGUGACUUUGUAAAAGAAAACACCUGCAACUGUCUUUAACAAGUUUAUUUGGGAUGUUCAAAUAAAUGGGGAAAAUACA